UUUGUGUGAAUUUCAAUACCUUUUUAUUAGUUUUAAGGAAAAGCUACAACAUAAAAAAUAACUUUUGCAUUAUUAAGCACAUGUGUGGAACAUUAUGUUGACCUCAAGUCUAUAAGAAAAUUUUACCUUUGUGUCAAGCGGUUAAAGAAAAAUUUGGUGUUAAACAGUAAAAAAUGAAGAAGUAAUAUUUGUUUUCUAUAAUUGACGAGGUUUGCUUUAUUUCCUCUAGUCUUACCCCACUCCGAUCCAUUUUCUACACAGAUGCUAGAGUCACUUUAUAAAACACAAGCCUAAUCACAUUUAUUCCUACACUUGAAAACCUCAAGACCUCCUCGACUCCAUCCACUUUAAUGAUACAGUUCAAACAUCUUAGUUCAAACUAUCCACCCCAGCCAACCCUUUUACCAUACAAAACUACUUCCUGUCUUCAAAAGGCUCCUUGGGCCCUCUUACUUCCAUGCCUUUACCAGGGCUGUUCUUACUACCUAGAGUGCCUUUCUUUCAUUUCUGUGGCUAAAGUUACUAAAUUCUUGUACUUCCAGAAACAGCUCAGAAGUUGCAUGUCUCCCUGUGCCCCAGGCUGAGAGGCCACCUGCAGAAGCUCCCCGUCAUGUGCUCCCAUUAGCAUUUGGUGCAUAUCCCCAUGUAGACAUGGCUUAAGGAGCAAACCUGGGAGCACUUACCUGAUCCCUGUUCUGUGAUGGGCAUGUGAAUUUCCUCAGACUCCUGGAAAUGUCCUAAGGAGGAGGAUAUUACAUUUAUUAGAACGCCAAAGAAGACUAAGGUGUGCGGAUGGGAAGAAUUGAUUGAAAAGCAAGUAGAGUUGAAGAGUGAAAAUCUCCAGGAAGUAAAUUCCAAUUCCAAGAUGGUCCUAGCCCCAGACUACCUUCUCAGGUGUAUGAAUCUGGGUACCUGUGGCACUUCCGUGUUACCAGAGGGAGUGUCCAUAUUUGGCGUCAGAGCUGAAUGACUGGGGGCAAUAGAGAAGCUGCACCUGGCAGUCUUAAAUCAUUCCCCACAUGACACUCAGCCACUCCUCCAAAGUAAGGUUUAAGGGAUUAACCCUUUUUGAGCCACUAGCUAAAGAAUUUGUGUUUUCAGCUUGUCUAGGAGGCUGUCUCUGUCAGUCUUGCCUUUAGUUUGGCACUUACCAUGCUUUGUUUUCUCAAGUAAUCGGCUUAUGUGUUCCAUCAUUGUGUGGACUAUAUAUUAAUCUCUUUGUAUCCUCAGCACCAAGCAGAGUGCUGGACACAUACCAGACAUUAAGAAGUUGGCCAAAUUAAGAAGUCUGUCCAAUUAGUCCAGUUAAUUAAGUCACUGUUAAAUGGUGUCUUCAUAAAUUUGCUAAAAUCUUAAAUCCAUGGUCAGGCUGCAGGUGUGGCAUCAAACAAAUUCCAGGCCUAGAGAAAUAAAUUUAUGUAAUUCCUUAGUAAUCAAUAAAUAAUAUUUGUGCAUGUAUUAAUAGCCCUUCAGUAUGACUCUAUUUCACUCUACUGAGAAGAAUAAAGCAGAUCUAAAAUUUGCUGAUGUUUUUCCUUUUGCCUAAAGAGAGGCAUAUGCUGAAGUAUAUCUGGCCCAGAUGUUUCACAGCAUAAAUACCUAUAGAAUGCAAAACUCUCCAUUUACAUCUAUGACUUCACAUCGCUCCCGGUGAGGUUAGUUUCUUAGGCUGUCCUGUUACACAAACCCUGUAGUAUUAGGCAAUAUUCACUUUCUAUUCAAAAUAAGUAAUGCUGAAAAUACUUUAUUUGUGGCACACUGGAAAUGGAUGGAAAGAGUCUAGGAAGGAAUCAGUCUUAAAAUCUAAAAUGUUAGCUCUGGAAAGAACUCAGCAGAGUAUCAUCAGCAUCACUCUUAUUUUAUACCAUUUUUCUGAGGCCCAGAGGAGUGAGAUGCCCUGACAAAGCUUACACUGCUGCUUUGUGGUCCAGCCUGGAGAAGAAUCUAGCUGCCUCAGCUUCCACACUAGUUCCAUUCUACAUAAUCAUGUCUCUGGCUUCUGCCUUUCUGCUCCCACAUCAGAACUGCAAGUAACAGACAGCAGGAUUUAUGUGAAGAGGAGAAUAGGGAGCUGAAGGGUGGCUGAGAAUUUGCUGUCCAGUGUAUGGGCAAGAUGCCAACAGAAGAUGACCUUACAGGUCCAGAAAUAAGUUUUGGCUACAAACGAAUACUUGAGGUGUCACUAACAUAAUUCAAGGAUGCUGAAAAUUGUCAUAAUUGAUAAUUCCAGAAUUUUUUGGAUUGAGCUAAGUAUGUUCCUGUAAGGUUGCAUUUAGGAUGGGUUCUUUCUGUUGACUUCCUUCUUUGUCUGUUUGCCUCUUGCACAUCUUCCUGUUGUGAGGGUUUAGCGACUUUUCAAAUUAGAUUUUCCCCCAGCUGGUUUGGUGCCAGGUUGAUAGCUCUAGAAACAGAAGUUCUCUAUUUUCUGGCUACGAGUCCAAAGAGCUUAGUUCAGGGUAUUGGCUCUUGAACUUCAAAGUCUCGAGUGGCUUAGAUUCUGGCAAACUCAGAAAUCUCUGUUACCUUUAUUCAUUAGCCAGCCAGAUAGCAUUCAAUUCACUCAUUGCUUUUCCAGUCAAUUUUGUGGCAGAGAUCACAGCCACAGUGAGUGAUGCAGGACUGCAUCUAUCAGGGACUGAGAUGACAGAGAUUUCAAGGCAUUUGGAUUCUUUACUCUAUAAAGGUAGUGAUUUUGAGAAAGAAGAAAACCUUAAUAAUAUUUGAAAAUAGGAAGCAAUAGGCCUCAUUUAGAACAGAUUGUGAAUUAAUUAUAUCAUGGAACAGAGAUCCCUGUAUUCACAGUUGCUAUUUAAGGAAUUAUAUCAUACCAAAUGGUAUGAUAAUGGAUGGACCCAUAAUAAAAAGAGUAAUGUAGGAUUGCAGUUUGGUUAAGAAUCAGCAAGGGAAUUUUAAUCAAAAUAUUUAAAAUAUAAUGAGAGAGAUAGAGAAAGGGAGAGAAAUUGAGAGAGGCACACAUACAAUGCACAUAGACUUUUAGAGAUAGUAGACAAAAUAAUGAGGUCAUGAAGAAAGAAGAGUGGACCAGAGAUGGUGUUAAGAGCUGCUACGUGACCAUAGAACAGCUAUAAGAACACAUAGAUGAGUAUUUGUCUGAGUUUGGGUUGAGGAUGGCCUUCCUUUAGCAUAGCAUCUAUGGUGGGAACUACUGCUAGGUUUGAAUGUCUAAAUGUUAAAAAUAUUUCUUGUAAGUAACAAAAAGAUCAUAACAAAAUUAAAACACAAGUGGAAAACUACAAAAACACUAGCAACUCAUAUGACAAUGGAUUAAAACCCUUAGUUAAAAAGAGCUGUUAUGAAUUAAUAAGAUAAAUAAAACUCUAAUACAAAGAAGAAAUACAAAGAAAACUCUAAUACAAAGCAGUUUAUUAGAAGAAUUACAAAUGGCCACAGGAAAAAUGGAGUUUUAUAAGUUACCAAAUAAAUGCCCAAUACAUUUCUUUUUCUGAUCAACUUGGCCAAAAAUGAAUUUAAAUUAAUGAUAUGCCUGGUUUUGUCAAUGAUUCAGUAAUAGGGACAUAUUAACAUACUGCUGAGGAGCAUGUAAAAUGGUACACCAUUUCUGGAUAGGAAUUUGGAAAUACCUAUCAAGAACCUGAAAAAAUAUUCAUGACUUAUGAACCAAUUAUUCUCAUCCUAAAUUGUAUCUUAAGGAAAUAAUCAAAGAUAUAUACAAAAAUGUAUGAUCAAGUAUAUCCAUAAUAGAAUUAUUUAUAACAAUAAAAGUGGAACCAGUUUGAUUAUUUUGCAGUGAAUAAAAUAACACAAUAGAAUCUAACCAUUUAAUUUCAUAUUUUUUCAGAAUAUUCAAUGACGUGGAGAUCAAUUCAUGGUGUGAUAAUCGUAUUAAGCUAUAUAUAAAAUAUGAUUCCUGAAAUGUUUGAUGAAAUUUCCAAAAUCGCAUCCAUAAUUAUUUAUGAGUAAUAGAAUUACAGGCACUUUUUAUUUAUUUUUUUAUACUUUCAUGACUUAAAGUUGUUUCCUUAUAAUCAGGGACAAGCAAUACAUAUAUUUUUCCCAGCUCUAUUACAUACAAAAAAAUGACUAAUUUUGCGUGUGUAGUUUGAUGAAUGCCAGCAAUUAUAUACAGUUGAGUAACUGCCCUUACAUUCAAGAUAGAGGACAUUUCCAUCACCCUAAAAUGUUCCUCAUGCCCCUUUGCAGUCAGUUCCAUCCCCUAAACAAUGUCUGGCAACCACUGCUCUGUUUUCUGUCGCUAUUGUUUUGUCCUCUCUAGGAUUUCGUAUGUGAUUUUGAGAUUCAGCUGUGCUACAGUGUAGGCUGCUGUUUAGUUCUAAAGAUUAUAUUUUCAAAGAAUGCUCGGUACACAGUUCACUCCAAGAUUUAACCUCAGGAAGAGGCCAUGGGGCAUAAUGAAAAGAAUGAGAUUUGGGGGCUGGAGAUCUUGGAUGAGUCAUCUACGUUUUCUGAUUCUCCGUUUGUUCCUCUGUAAAACAAGGUUGAUAAUAACAACUUCCUUACCCAGACUUCAGCAUCGUUAUGGUUAACAAAUCAGAAUAUGCUUGUUAAACCAUUCUCUGAGGCAUGAGCAUGAGUUUCUGUUCUAAUUAUUGUGAGUGUGAUUAUUAUUGCUGGAGUGUAGGUCAGUAUUCCUCUCCCUUCCAAAGAUUUGCCUUUCUAUAAAAUAGAGACUUGCCUUCAUAAAGGCAUAUUAUGACAUUAAGUUAAGCACUUAAUGAAUGGCAAUCAUGGGAGAUGUUUGAAAAUGGGCCCGGCUGUCACAAGUGGUAAAUAAUUGAGUUCUCCAGCAUGAAUGAUUUUCAGAUUCAAGUUAUGGUAUUCAUACUUUUCCCUUUUCUUCUUCAGCUUUUCUUUUCCAAAUCCUUCUGUGUUUAAGAGCUUUGUCUCUACUAGCAGAUUAGAGUAUGAGAAUGUCCUUUUAUUAAUUUUUUGAUAUCUAAAUAAGUAAUUCUUAGACUUUUCAAGGCAAUGGAGUUAAGAUUUGGGGAAAUAAAAAGGCCUUGAAAAACCAAUAAUUUUCAAACCAGUUUGCAGAUAAGCACUAGGCACCACGAGAUAACUUUAAAUGACUUGAAAGAAAUGAUUCAACGAAUGUUACUAGGUUAUUCAUUCAUCAUUUAUUCAUUAUACAGUCACCACAUUUUGAUAGCAUUUCCAUCAUGUUCUAGACAUUCUGUAGGACCUGAGAUACAGUUGAUAAUUGCUUUAACAGAAAUUGCAGUCGAGUUGGAGAUGAGGAGCAAAAAUAAAUAAACCAACCAAUUAAAUAGUCACAAAUUCUGAUAAGUGUAAAAAGAAUUCAAACAAAGAGCUGCAUUGGGUAAGGCCUAGAAAACUUGAGAAAAGACUCUGUAGGGAGAGUACACUCGAGUGAGACCUGAAGCGUAGGGAGCUCAUCUUGUGAAGAGCUGGAGGAAGGAGCAUUAGGAGAAGCAGGAACAUUGUAUGUAAGUGCCCUGUGACAGGAAAUAUAGGAACUAAAACAAAUCAAUGUGGCUGAAGCAUGAGGAGUGAGGAAAGGUCUCCAGUUGAAGCUGGAGAGUUAGGUAUGGUCAAAUCAGUCACAACCUUACAGACCAAGACGAGGAGUGUGGGUUUUGUUCUAACUCUAUGGGGAGAACUGGAUGGUUUUACUCAUGGAGGUGACUUGAUCUGUUUUACUCCUGGGUGUUUUCAUAAAAUUGAACUGAUAACCCUCUUAUGAUCUGUAGCCAACUUGCAGUUUACUUGCAAAGAAUUUAAUUAAGAUGCAAGGAAAAAAAUACACACAGUAGUGCUUUAUCUACCUAUUUUCUAAAAGAAUAAUUUCUCACGAUUUUUUUCUUUGGGAUAAUUUCAGGUACUACAGAACAUUAUGGUUCUUUCCUCUAUUAUCACGUCUCUACUUCUUUACUGGGGCAGGCUUCCAGGGACAGCUGGGGGGUCCCAUGCAGUCAACCAGAUACCCCACGCCAGCACAUGUAUCGUUUACGCUCCUGUGGGUGGCUUUGGCUAGAUUUAGAAUAACAGCAGUCAGAAACUGAUUAAUUAGCCAAUUUAGAAGCUAUUGUAAAUCAAAUUCUUCUUUGGUGCCUUAAUUUGCUAGCUUAAUAGCUUCAGGUCAGUAGUAGAGUUUUGAUAAUAUUUUGUUUUCUCUCCAAAUGCUUUGAACAUUUCAUAUGAAGGUCAAGUAACCUUGAAUAAUCAUCAUAAUUUUAUUUAUAUGGCUACCCAGAUACCUUUGGUACUUACUUACUAUGAUGGUUAUCAGGUUUGCUGGGGAAGUGUGUCUUUUGUGUGACUGAAACCUCCUGUUACCUUAUUAAAUAUCUAGAAUAUUGUCUGUCAGUCAUGAAGAAUAAUUGAUCAUGGGUUAUGAGACAUCUAACUAGAGUAUCUGAAACUAAUUCAGUUGCCUUAAAAAUAGAUUUUACUUUCAUUUAUAUAUGAUAAAACAUUAAACAAUACAUCAUGAGUUUAUAUUUGAAUUAAAACUAUGAGUCUGAAACUUACUGUAUGAACUUGGGCAAGCAUUUAACCUUUCUCUGCCUCCUCUAGAGAAUGUAAGUAGGGAUAAAAGUAGGAUAGUAGUAAGAAUUAAAUAAGUUCAUAUUUAUAUAAAGAGCUUACGCCACAUUUGCAAGAAUCAUGUGAGUCCUUCAGAAACUUUCAUUUUUCCGCUUAAGAAAUACUAUGUCCCAGGCAUUGUGUUAGAUAUAACACACACACACACAUGCACACACACAUACAUACAUACAUAUAUAUAUAUAUAUCUCAAAUGAGUAAGGACAGAUCCCUGUCUCACCAGAGAGGCCUGAGCUUCCUGCCCGGGACAAGCUGCCCCAGCCAGAUGGAACUGGAGAGCUGGGAAUGGAUGUGGAAGCCAGCAGCCAAAGCAUAAGAAACCCAGGCCUCUAGUCCUUCUGUGCUCUGCAGGAUUCUCAUGUUAAGGUUAGAUACACUGAGUUACUUUUCCUCUUUUCAGAUCAUGUCAGUGAUCAAAUACUACCUUCCUUUUGGAAUGCGACAGGAAAUUUGUGUAGAUCUUUUUCUUUCUUUAAGUUGGUAGCAGCAUAUUGUAGUGGGUAAGAAAACAGGUUAUAGAAUCAGAUGCAGACAUUACAGAAUCAGACAGACCUGGAUUCAAGUCCGUUUACCAUCCAUGUGGCCUGCAAGUUUCUUAACCUCCCUGAGUCUAUGGUUCCCUGAGACUAUUUUCUCAUCUGUAAUAUGAGGAUAGUAAUGCUGUAAAUUUCUUAGCUUUGUUGUGAGAACUAAAUGAGCUAUGCUCUUAAAAGGCUUAGCACACUUUAGUACAUAGUAAAUGCUCAAAGUUAACAAUCAUCAUCUUAACAUUAUCGUAAUUAGUCACCAUGUUUAUUUUAAAAAUGAGGAUUCAUAAAAAUUCUAUAAAUUGCCCAGUGACUUAAUGUGGAUGCAAACCCAGUUCUCCUUGAUUUCAAAAUCCUCGCUGUUUGCAUUGAUUUUAUGCCUCCUCUUGAGAAAAACAAAACAAAAACUAGACCAACACCUCUUAAAAACUAAAAUCAUGUAAUACUACUAUUCAUAAAAACAAAAAUGAAAGGCUCAUGGUUGUUAAAAAUAUGAUAUUGGAAUAAACAUCCCAAUGAUACAUUUUACAGAAGGCUGAUAAAAAUAGAAAGCAAGUACAGUUUUCAUUAGCUUCCUUCAUUAAAAUCCUCUACCACUCAGAGCUACUGCUUUGAGGAUUUUCCAGAUCACAGCUUGUCUCUGUUUCCCAGGUGAGCAGAACUUAUGGUUCAACCUAGGGCUAGCCGUAGUGUCAGAAGCCCAGAUGCGCAAGGCGGGGUGUGCAGCUGGGGCCAGCUCUCUGCUCUUGUGGGUCAGAGUCAGAUGGUGCUUGAGGAGGUGUGCGCGAGGCUUGAGGUUGAGCUUCUAUCUUAUUUGAGCAUCCCUUGGCCGAAAGAUCUGGCUUACGCAGCAGUGUUAGCAAGGAAAUGCUGAGCUUCCUUCUAAUUCACACAAUUUAUUCCAGCAGUAGUUGGAGAUUCACAGCUUAAAUCCCCUUCUCAAAGGUAUUCAUUCAUGAGUUCUUUACCAAGUUGGUCAGACUUAAGGUUUUCAUAAUGGAAUAUUAUCUAAAAUAUCUGUCUUCUGUGUGUGUGUGUGCACGUGUGUGUGAUGUCUAGGUUCAGAAUAGAGAACAUCUACAAUAAUGAAUAGCAAUGCAGAUAUUAGACAAAUGCAAAUACUAAGUGGUUUAGAAAUGCACAUCUCAGAUUCCUAUAUUUUUUAACAAGCCUCCAUGGACUCAUUAAAAUUUCAGAAUCAUACUAAAAACAUCAUCCCCUUUUGGAAUGAAAGUUUUAGGGUUUCAGAGCUUGAGUGAGGAUGUAUUUUAGCUCUUGGUUGUUGAGUAUUUGCGAUACAUUUGUGUGUGUGUGUGUGUGUAUGUUGGGUUUCUACUUUUGGUGAGACAGAAGCUGCUCGUACACCUGAGAGUUUUCCAAAGUGAACCAUUUCAUGGAUUAAAGUUUUUCACUCUGUUAGUGGAAUAUGUGAUCCUCUCUCAGCUGCAGAGAGGAAAGCAGGACAGAAAGCCAUGUGUGGUUCUCUUCUCCCAUGUUCUCUGCGGCUUACCUGCUUACUGGAGGAAGCAAAGGAGGAAAUGCAGGUGUUUUGUUUUGCUUUGCUUUUCCUAGAGCAGCAGCUUUGGAAAUAGCAGCACAUAUGACUUCAUAUUGGAAAUGAUAAACUACUACUGUUUUUUGAGCUCUUAACUCAUGUUGGUUCCUCUUCGAAGGGCUCUGUUCAUAUUAGCAAAUUAAUUUCUCAAUAUUCCUUUGACAUAGGUAGUGUUAUUAGCCCCAAUUUGUAGAUGAAGAAACCAAAGCGUGAUGAGGUUAAGAAACUUCCCAAAGCGACAUAAAAUGGAAAAGGUGGGGUUUAAAUCCAGGCCAUUGGGUCCCAGCACUAUGCCAGUGGUAUUGGUGAAAGACAGAACAAUCCUCAUCAUCAUCAUAUUUAAAUGUGUUAUUAUAUCAGCACUGUACUAAUUGCUUUCAAUUAUCACGAAAACCUGGAGGUGGAAACUGUUGUAGAUCCCAUUUAACAACAUGAGCUAAGGCUCUGAGAGGUUGCGUAACUGGCCCAGGGCUACCCAGCAAGCAUGAGGUGGGAUUUGAGUUUGAGUUGAGUCUAUCUGACUACUAAGCUAGCAGAUGCAGACAGCAUGAAUGAAGCACAGGAUGUCCGAUCCCUGCCCAUUUCUUGCUACAAGCAUGAGCUUCCCAGCAGCCAAAGCUUAUCACUACCUCCCUUAUGAGAGAUCCAAAAAAAGGAAAUUACAACAUUCAGGCUUCAGGUAGGAUGGAGGUCACUUCGCAGCAGAGGUUCUAUUUGGCACAUUCACUUUGAGUGCAUGAGUGUGUGUGUGGUCAGCUGUUACUUAAACUGUAUGUUGAGGGAACUAAUUAAUUAAUGAAGAAAACCAUUAAAAGAAGCUAAAUUAUUAGUGAGUCUCCCCUCAGAGCUCCCUAAAGGAUCUUUACGGGAUGUAAUUCAAAGGAUUUAAGAGGAUUAGACACUACUACAUUUAAAGUGCCCCUAGAACAUAAUAUUGGCUGUAGCCCCAAAGAGGGUUUUUAAAUAACUCUACUCCACAGUGUGCAGAAGGAUUGAAGGUCCAAGAUGUCCAGUGGGAGGAGGUGGUUUGAGUGGAGCUGGUUGCCCGUCUUUAUACAUUUGGAGAACCAUUCUCUGGAAGAGAAACUUAACUUGGAGGUUACAGGGAGGUGCAAUUCUCCUCAGUCUUAGGAAGAACUUUCUGUCAACUAGAGCUGUCCACCCAUGGAAUGGGCUGCCUCAGACACUCACCUGCUCCCUCUCACUGCAGGUGUUCGUGCAGAGGGGGGACAGGAGUCAAGGAAGCCAGUGGCAAGACCCCAAUAUUGGGGGUUGGGGUGGGGAAUGGAGUAGACAAUGAAGUCUGAGAUUUUUUCAUUAUACACAGAAUAAGUGCUGUUUAAGCUGCUUAACAAAGUUAUUUCGAUAGAUUUUAAUGUAUUUUAGAAUCUAUUAUCUAUAAAAGAUGCCCAAAAGUGAAAAUAUCUUUAAAUGAAUAAAAAAAGUUAUUUUAUCUAUUUCAAAAACAUAUAUUUGGAAAUAAUUCAGAACUGUUCUGUAGGUCAAUGGAAUCUAUAAAGAGAUUUAAUAUUUUGGAAAAUAUUGUGGAAACAUCUAAAAAUUCCUAAAAAUGUUGCAGCUGUAUUUGACUUCGGUUAAAGGAAAGAAACAGGAAAAGCGUGGGUUUUUUUUGACAAAAAUGAUAAAUCGGCCUAGAGUUCACAAUACAAAUUUUCUGAUAGAAAUGGUGAAUUAUCAAACAUAACAAAGCUAAUAACUGAGUAAAUCAUAGAGCAGGAUGUUAAUAUUGAGAUAAUAAAAUAUUGAGGCAAACGAAGUUCUCUACAGAGGCUUGCCAUUGGGCUAGUCCUGCUAUUUCCCUUGGGUGCCUGAAUAUCAUCCUUCUCCACUAUGUACCUUGCACUCAUCUCUUAGAGCCUGAAAAUGCCCAUUCAAUUAAUAUCCAGGUACCUAGGAAUUUCGAUGUUAAAAUAACAGACUGUGAAAAGUUACAUUGGAGUAUUUUUUGAGUGUUGUGUAUAGAAAACGCCUUUUAGCAGGUGGCUUUGGAACACUCUGAACUACCUGGUCACUGUGUCAUUUCCUUUCUGUUUUCCUAGGUCUCAUAGAUCAGCCCCUUUUAUAUCUAAGGGGUAUAAAAGAGAACUCUGAGGUACUCUGAGAACGGGUGCGAUGCUACAUUGAGGCCGCCAUGAUUUUUUUAAAGAGAGGGAACGUGUUUUGUAAAAGGAAAGAAUGAGGAAUGUCUGUCCUGGUCUCAUUGUCAGCAUUGAGACAGCUCAAAUCUUAUCAUGAUUCUUAAAAUUAGCAUCAUUUGCACAGGAAAUAAAAAGUGAAGAUGAUCAGUGGGAAGUGGGCUUAUGUUGCAGGGGAGAGAAUUCGUUUGUUCAAAGGCAGGCUUCGGAGUACGGAGAUUAGAUGUGCUUGGUUUGCGUUUUCAGGAUACUGAAAGCUGAUAGGGUCACGUCGGACUUUUAAGCCGCUAGAGUUUGUUCUGUAGAUUUGUAAACAUCCACAUUCAUAAAAUUUGUAAACAAGCCUUUUGGAUGGAUGAGAUGCUAACUUCUGGGGCUGGUCUUGUUCCUCAAUGCUCUUUCCUCAUUAGACUCCACGGCAUCAUUCCAUGUGAAAAUUUCAUUUCUUGAAAGUGGAAGGUGCGGGUCCUGAAGAUCCUGCUUUAGAUGUUUGGAUAGCAAACAAUUCUGGCGCAAACUACCCCAACAAUGGAAGAAAAACCUCCUCUCAUCAUGCACUGUCAUCCUUCUUUGAUAUUCGCCUCUUAUGCAAUGUAGUCUCCAAAUCAAUCCUCCCGAGGUUCUGGCUUCCCUCCUCUAAUUGCCAUUAGCGAGGGCUCUGAAUUCUCCUACUUCCCCAUUCCUGAGUUCCUAGCCAUUCUCUUUGACCAAAGUUUUGCAGUAGAAAUGAAAGGGGCUCGGAGGAUCAAAGGCUGUGUGUUUUCAGAACGAUGCUGUUAUUUUUGUGGGGUCCUUAACAGUUUGGAACAGUCAGGGGCAGGGAAGAGGCAACUGCAGUGUUUCAGCAUUUUUGUGGAGCAGACUUCUCACAACCACAACGGAACCCCUUAAUAGCGUUUGUUUAAUAGCUUAGAGAGGCUGCAGCCUUGGAGCCUCAGUCAUGGCAAUGUCUUACCAUCUGACGAAUCCCACUGCAAUAGAGCAGGAGGCAACUCAUGCUGCCGUCAUACUCCCCUGCCUUUCUCUUUACCCCAUUUAUUAAAGUUAUGCUAACUCACUGAAAGCAUUCAGGUUUAAUCUGUCUUGCUUGACUUCAUUACGUCCUACUAUAAGUAGUCAGACUUGUGCAUACUUAAUGGCAAUUACAGUGGGGUCCCACCUCAACAUCAGCAUGUGCCACCAGAAGAUAAUCAUGGUAAAGGGACUUAGUAUGUGCCAGGCACUGUUCUAACUGUGACACUGAUAUUAGCUCCUUUAGUCUUCACAGCAGCCUCAGGUGUGUGGUUUUGUUUUUCUCCCUGUUGAGUAAAUUGCCCAAGGCCAGGGUCAGAACUAGAAUUUGAAUCAUGCAGCCUGAUUCCAGAGUUCAUGGUGUUAACUACUGCCUCCACAUCAUACCAAAGGAAUAAUCUGAAAGGCAUGCUAAGCAUUUCUUUUUCAAGGUCUUUUUAGCUCAGCUCUUAUGUAAGAUUAAAUUACCAGAAAACUGAGGCAGUGGCUUUAUUGUUGUGGCCCCUUAAUUAUGAAAGAAAGAGGAGAGAAGAGAACGCUUGUCUUUGCAACCUGAGACUGGUUUCAAUCCAAACUCAGGUUUUAUUAGUUAUGUGAUUUAGGUCUGCUACUCAUUUCUCUGGACCUCACUUGCUUAUUCUGUGAAAUGGGGAUAUGACCACAGCAUCUACCUCAUAGGCUUCUUGUUGACAUGAACUUAUGUAACGUAAUUAGAGUGCCAGCACAAUGCCUGACACAUACAUGUUAACUGGUUUUGUUUGAAAGCUACCUUUAAUCCUUUGUGGAAAUAAGAUGGUGACAGAAAAUGAACCAACUGUGUGCGGGGUCUAUCAAAGGGAUAUUGUUUAGUAGAAGAUAAUCAGGUGCAUGAAUUUUAUUAUAGAAGGCAAGCCAGUGGUCUGGAUUCCACCAAUGGACUGGAUUUUCUGCAAUAGUGUCGUUAGAUCUGUAACACGGGACCAUUGUGAGGGAAAUAGUGUUGGAAUGCAGUGUUCUGGGUAUUUAUUACACUCUGGGGAGGAUCCCUGUUGUCUCAAAUUCUGAACUACAGCAGGACCCCUGCGUAUCAUGUCUGCUUCAGAAUGCAUAACAGUCGUGGAGCUGGGAUUUACCAAUCUCUUUGAGUUAAUUAGGAAUGGAAAAUCAGUAUAGUCAUAGGGAGGGACAUAAAGAAGAAAAAUAAGUAUGAUGGCAGUUCUCUAAGGAUGUGGGAUUCUCCUGGGCAGCAAUCCGUCAACUGCUUUCAGUGAGGUCUGAUGCCUGGGGGGCAUAGCGGAGUUCAUGUGGGCUUUGUGACAUGAACUUCCCUUCAUCCCAAUCGCCGGAAUCUCACUACUCUAAGUGAAAUUAUCCAAUUUCUACCUUCAAAGUGAAAAGUUCCCCUUUAUUCUCUCUCACCACAGGAGCCCUGAAGACUACCCACACCAAUGCACCAACUCUCUCUUAAAGCCAUCCUUAGAAAACGAUGGGCGGGGUUGUCCCCACUUCAGGAAACUCCAUCUUUUUUAGAAAGCAUCCCACAUGGCACCUUAAGGGUUAAUCUUUUGUUGCAGAGAAAGAGUAUCAAGUAGCUUUCCAAGAGGGGAUAACUCCCAGUUUAGAAACUGCCAUUUCUAAAAGGUAAGCCAAACACACAUUAGUUUACGCUGCUGCUUCCUAUAAAAGGAAUAACUCGCAGCUCCCAGCGUGUGCUUGUUAGGUUGCUUCUCUAUCUCUCUGCCUAUCUGUCAUCUAUAUAACAUCUGUAUCAGGGUGAGGACCGUUAAUCACAGUUAAGAAGAACCCCAGAACAUGACAGAUAUCCCUUUUACUAUAGAUCCGUUUUACAGUCACUCUCAAUUUAUAGUGUCACGUAAAUCAAAAGAGAAGUGUUUAUCUUAUCGUUCGGAGGCAUCCCUUCUCCUUCGAUGUCCUAGCCCCUCCCCCUGUGCCAGUUUCCAGCCCCUCAAAGAUGCUUUGUGCAAGAAAGUGCAAGUUCCCCAUUCUGGCUUUAUUGAUGUUCCCUUUUCCUCUCCUCCUGGCUCCCCCCCAAAGCAAGGGAACAGAGCAAAUGGCCCGGGUUCUCCCCCAACGCCUGACCUGCGUUUACUGGGAGGAGAGCGGGAGAGGGAGCACGCAUUCCGAGCAGGCUGCUGACUCCGACCACAGGCUGUUUCGUGCAGGCUGUCCCUCUCCUUCAAAACCGUGCAUCCCCUCCCCGAAGCAGCAGGCACUGUGCCUCCAUUCAGCCACAUUUGGUAUGCAUGAGCACGGCUGCAGGAAGAGGGGAGGUGGCUUUCUUAAGAAGGUUCAGUGGCUUAGGCAACGCCACUUGACUAGUCUCCCAAGUUCCAAGAAGCCUCUGCCCUAAUGGAAUUUGCAGGUGUGGAGAUGACCAUGGGAUGCCAGGGCCGUCGGGGACAGUUCAUUUUCUAGGCAUUGCUGAGGUUUGCAGUUUCUGGUUUUCCCGGUGGAAUUUGGAAGGGGUCAUGAAUCAAACUGAUGCUCCUCGACCCCUAAACUGGACCAUCCGGAAGCUGUGCCACGCAGCCUUUCUCCCAUCUGUCAGACUUCUUAAGGCUCAGAAAUCCUGGAUAGAAAGAGCAUUUUAUAAAAGAGAAUGUGUUCACAUCAUACCCAGCACCAAAGACCCCCAUAGGUGUUGCUGCGGGCGUCUAAUAGGUCAGCAUGUCGGCCUUACUCCCAGCAUCUCAGUUCUUCAGAAUGAGAAAAAUGAAAGUCGCAUCUCCCGAAAUGACAUCCAGUCUGAGAAGUGGUCCAUCAGCAAGCACACUCAACUCAGCCCGACAGAUGCUUUUGGGACCAUUGAGUUCCAAGGAGGCGGCCAUUCCAAUAAAGCCAUGUAUGUGCGGGUAUCUUUCGAUACAAAAGCUGAUCUCCUCCUACACCUGAUGACCAAGGAGUGGCAGCUGGAGCUUCCCAAGCUUCUCAUCUCUGUCCACGGGGGCCUGCAGAACUUUGAACUGCAGCCGAAGCUCAAGCAAGUCUUCGGGAAAGGCCUCAUCAAAGCGGCCAUGACAACUGGCGCGUGGAUAUUCACUGGAGGGGUUAACACAGGUGUUAUUCGUCACGUUGGAGACGCCUUAAAGGACCACGCAUCUAAGUCUCGGGGGAAGAUAUGUACCAUAGGUAUCGCCCCCUGGGGAAUUGUGGAAAACCAGGAGGACCUGAUUGGAAGAGACGUCGUCCGACCGUAUCAGACCAUGUCCAAUCCCAUGAGCAAGCUCACUGUUCUCAACAGCAUGCAUUCCCACUUCAUCCUGGCCGACAAUGGCACCACCGGCAAAUAUGGAGCAGAGGUGAAACUUAGGAGACAACUGGAAAAGCAUAUUUCACUCCAGAAGAUAAACACAAGAUGCCUGCCGUUUUUCUCUCUUGACUCCCGCUUGUUUUAUUCAUUUUGGGGUAGUUGCCAAUUAGACCCAAUUGGAAUCGGUCAAGGCGUUCCGGUGGUGGCGCUCAUUGUGGAAGGAGGACCCAACGUGAUCUCAAUUGUCUUGGAGUACCUUCGAGACACCCCUCCCGUGCCGGUUGUUGUCUGUGAUGGCAGUGGACGGGCAUCUGACAUCCUGGCAUUUGGGCAUAAAUAUUCAGAAGAAGGCGGACUUAUAAAUGAAUCUUUGAGGGACCAGCUGCUGGUGACCAUCCAGAAGACAUUCACAUACACUCGAACCCAGGCUCAGCAUCUCUUCAUCAUCCUCAUGGAGUGCAUGAAGAAGAAGGAAUUGAUUACGGUAUUUCGGAUGGGAUCAGAAGGACACCAAGACAUUGAUUUAGCUAUCCUGACAGCUUUGCUCAAAGGAGCCAAUGCCUCGGCCCCAGACCAACUGAGCUUAGCUUUAGCCUGGAACAGAGUCGACAUCGCUCGCAGCCAGAUCUUUAUUUAUGGGCAACAGUGGCCGGUGGGGUCUCUGGAGCAAGCCAUGUUGGAUGCCCUGGUUCUGGACAGAGUGGAUUUUGUGAAAUUACUGAUCGAGAAUGGAGUAAGCAUGCACCGUUUUCUCACCAUCUCCAGACUAGAGGAAUUGUACAAUACGAGACAUGGGCCCUCAAACACAUUGUACCACUUGGUCAGGGAUGUCAAAAAGGGGAACCUGCCCCCGGACUACAGAAUCAGCCUGAUCGACAUCGGCCUGGUGAUCGAGUACCUGAUGGGCGGCGCCUACCGCUGCAACUACACGCGCAAGCGCUUCCGGACGCUCUACCACAACCUCUUCGGCCCCAAGAGGCCCAAAGCCUUGAAGCUGCUGGGAAUGGAGGACGAUGUUCCCUUGAGGCGAGGAAGAAAGACAACCAAGAAGCGUGAAGAAGAGGUGGACAUUGACUUGGAUGACCCUGAGAUCAACCACUUCCCUUUCCCUUUCCACGAGCUGAUGGUAUGGGCCGUCCUGAUGAAGCGACAGAAGAUGGCCCUGUUCUUCUGGCAGCACGGCGAGGAGGCCAUGGCCAAGGCCCUGGUGGCCUGCAAGCUCUGUAAAGCCAUGGCGCACGAGGCUUCCGAGAAUGACAUGGUCGAUGACAUCUCCCAGGAGCUGAACCACAACUCCAGGGACUUUGGCCAGCUGGCCGUGGAGCUCCUGGACCAGUCCUACAAGCAGGACGAGCAGCUGGCCAUGAAACUGCUGACGUAUGAGCUAAAGAACUGGAGCAAUGCCACAUGCCUGCAGCUCGCUGUGGCUGCCAAGCACCGCGACUUCAUUGCACACACGUGCAGCCAGAUGUUGCUCACGGACAUGUGGAUGGGCCGGCUCCGCAUGCGCAAGAACUCAGGCCUCAAGGUAAUUCUGGGAAUUCUACUUCCUCCUUCAAUUCUCAGCUUGGAGUUCAAGAACAAAGACGACAUGCCCUAUAUGACUCAGGCCCAGGAAAUCCAUCUCCAAGAGAAGGAGCCAGAAGAACCGGAGAAGCCGACGAAGGAAAAAGAUGAAGAAGACAUGGAACUGACAGCAAUGUUGGGACGAAACAAUGGGGAAUCCUCCAGGAAGAAGGAUGAAGAGGAAGUUCAAAGCAGGCACCGGUUAAUCCCCCUGGGCAGAAAAAUCUAUGAAUUCUACAAUGCACCCAUCGUGAAGUUCUGGUUCUACACUCUGGCAUACAUCGGAUACCUGAUGCUCUUCAACUAUAUCGUGUUGGUGAAGAUGGAGCGCUGGCCUUCCACCCAGGAAUGGAUCGUCAUUUCCUAUAUUUUCACCUUGGGAAUAGAAAAGAUGAGAGAGAUUCUGAUGUCAGAGCCAGGGAAGUUGCUGCAGAAAGUGAAGGUGUGGCUGCAGGAAUACUGGAACGUCACAGACCUCAUAGCCAUCCUUCUGUUCUCUGUUGGAAUGAUCCUUCGUCUCCAAGACCAGCCCUUCAGGAGUGAUGGAAGGGUUAUCUAUUGUGUGAACAUCAUUUACUGGUACAUCCGUCUGUUAGACAUCUUCGGCGUGAACAAGUAUUUGGGCCCAUAUGUAAUGAUGAUUGGAAAAAUGAUGAUAGAUAUGAUGUACUUUGUCAUCAUUAUGCUGGUGGUGCUGAUGAGUUUUGGGGUCGCCAGGCAAGCCAUUCUCUUUCCCAAUGAGGAGCCAUCAUGGAAAUUGGCCAAGAACAUCUUCUACAUGCCCUAUUGGAUGAUUUAUGGGGAAGUGUUUGCGGACCAGAUAGACCCUCCCUGUGGACAGAAUGAGACCCGAGAGGAUGGCAAAAUAAUCCAGUUGCCUCCCUGCAAGACAGGAGCCUGGAUCGUGCCAGCCAUCAUGGCCUGCUACCUUUUAGUGGCAAACAUCCUGCUGGUCAACCUCCUCAUCGCUGUCUUUAACAAUACCUUUUUUGAGGUAAAAUCAAUAUCCAACCAAGUGUGGAAGUUUCAGAGGUAUCAGCUCAUCAUGACUUUCCAUGAAAGGCCAGUUCUGCCCCCACCUCUGAUCAUCUUCAGCCACAUGACCAUGAUAUUCCAGCACCUGUGUUGCCGAUGGAGGAAACACGAGAGCGACCCAGACGAAAGGGACUAUGGCCUGAAACUCUUCAUAACUGAUGACGAGCUCAAGAAAGUACAUGAUUUCGAAGAGCAGUGCAUCGAGGAAUAUUUCAGAGAAAAGGAUGAUCGGUUCAAUUCAUCCAAUGAUGAGAGGAUACGGGUGACUUCAGAAAGGGUGGAGAACAUGUCCAUGCGGCUGGAGGAAGUCAACGAGAGAGAGCACUGCAUGAAGGCUUCGCUCCAGACCGUGGACAUCCGGCUGGCACAGCUCGAGGACCUCAUCGGGCGCAUGGCCACAGCCCUGGAGCGCCUGGCAGGUCUGGAGCGGGCCGAGUCCAACAAAAUCCGCUCGCGGACCUCCUCGGACUGCACAGACGCAGCCUACAUCGUCCGCCAGAGCAGCUUCAACAGCCAGGAGGGCAACACCUUCAAGCUCCAAGAGAGUAUAGACCCUGCAGGUGAGGAGACCAUGUCCCCAACUUCUCCAACCCUAAUGCCCCGUAUGCGAAGCCAUUCUUUCUAUUCAGUCAAUGUGAAAGACAAAGGUGGUAUAGAAAAGUUGGAAAGUCUUUUGAAAGAAAGGUCCCUGAGCCUACACCGUGCUACUAGUUCCCACUCUGUAGCAAAAGAAUGCAAAGCUCCUGCAGCCCCUGCAAACACCCUGGCCAUUGUUCCUGAUUCCAGAAGACCAUCUUCAUGCAUAGACAUCUACGUGUCUGCCAUGGAUGAGCUCCACUGUGAUAUAGACCCUCUGGACAAUUCCAUGAACAUCCUUGGGCUGGGCGAGCCAAGCUUUUCGGCUCCAGUACCUUCCACAGCCACUUCAAGCAGUGCCUAUGCAACUCUUGCGCCCACAGACAGACCUCCAAGCCGGAGCAUUGAUUUUGAGGACAUUACCUCCAUGGACACUAGGUCUUUUUCUUCAGACUAUACCCACCUCCCAGAAUGCCAAAACCCCUGGGACACUGACCCUCCAAUGUACCACACCAUCGAGCGUUCCAAAAGUAGCCGCUACCUAGCCACCACACCCUUUCUUCUAGAAGAGGCCCCCAUUGUGAAAUCUCAUAGCUUUAUGUUUUCUCCUUCGAGGAGCUAUUACGCCAACUUUGGGGUGCCUGUGAAAACAGCAGAAUACACAAGUAUUACAGACUGUAUUGACACAAGGUGUGUCAAUGCCCCUCAAGCAAUUGCCGACAGGGCCACCUUACCUGGAGGUCUUGGAGGCAAAGUGGAGGACUCAUCUUGCUGCCAUCCUGAGCGAGAAGCAGAACUGAGUCACCCCAGCUCUGACAGUGAGGAGAAUGAGGCCAAAGGCCGGAGAGCUACCAUUGCGAUACCCUCCCAAGAGAGCGAUAACUCAGACAGAACCCUGUCCAACAACAUCACUGUUCCCAAGAUGGAGCGCGCCAACAGCUACUCAGCGGAGGAGCCAAGCGCACCAUAUGCACACACCAGGAAGAGCUUCUCCAUCAGUGACAAACUCGACAGGCAGCGGAACACAGCAAGCCUGCGAAAUCCCUUCCAGAAGAGUAAGUCCUCCAAGCCGGAGGGCCGAGGGGACAGCCUGUCCAUGAGGAGACUGUCCAGAAUGUCUGCUUUCCACAGCUUUGAAAGCAAGCACAACUAAACCUUCGUAGUAAGCGUUGCAGGAGGCUCAAGAAGCCAGCCCUAAAAUUCUCCCCGAACUCCACCUGUUCCCCUUCCUUGAAACAUACCUGCUUUAUUCUUAGCUGAGCAAAAUAAUCAAUGCCUUGGGAGGUGUUAACUCAAAAGUGACUUCUGGGCCACAGAUCAAGAAAGCAUUUGAUCUGGCCCAGUGCCAAACACGGGCGAUGUAAGUCAUGUUCACACUUGAUGGGCAGGGAGGGGAAAGAGAGGCUGAAGAGGGCUGAGAUGAAUGUGUAUCACUAGUCACUUCAGAAAGCCAUGAGCUCUGGGAAUGAAGGGGCUUCAAGCACUCUCCAUGCCAGGACGCGUCUUUCGAUUUCUGACCAUUAUCAAGAGUUUUAGGAUGCAGGGCUAAAUUGCAAAAUAAAAUAAAAUAAAGUAGCCAGCAUACAAAUGAGAUAUUCUAAACUUCAAUUCUGUUUUCUUUUCACAUUGGCUCCAUCACUGGUGACUGAUGAAGAGCAUCCUUUUUAUUCAGUAUAAGCCGGCAGCAAGCGGUUCUACCUAACGUUCCACAUCCUUCUCAUGCCAACACUUCUGUAAUUGAUCAUUAUAAAGAAAAAACAAGGUAACAGUCAUAGUUCACCUGUCUCUUAUAUAUUCACUUCUGGUGCCACAACUGUUUAUCAUUUUUGAAGAAAAUAAAGGGAAAAGAAAUGCCUUCUUGUAUUGCAAUCAAAAUGAAAGAAGAAUUGAUGUUAAAAACAAAUGUCAGGUGGUUUGUUAUAUACAGUGGGCAUUCAAGUAUAGUCGAGCAAGCUCAGGAUGAAUGUAAUUAAAUAAUUUUAUAUUUUUUAAUUUAUUUUGUAUCUCACCUGUCAUCAACGAAGUCACUCACUGAAUAUGUAAUAGUGAACUAAAAAAAUAAUAGUAGGCAGAACUUACCUAAAAUUGCUAUAUGGGAUACAGUUAUAUUUUUACCACUCAUGUCAUGUGUAUGCUGCUGUGUGACCUUCAUCAUUUGCAUGACUCCACCAUGUCUUCUCAACAUCUCCCAGAUGUAACUGCCAACUUUUCAUACCACUCAUCACAUGACCAUUUUGUAUAUGAAUAUCUGGUUACAUGUGGAUAUUUUCAUACCUAGAGUUUUGCCAUUUAAUCCGAGCUCGGCAUCAAUUUAAUUGGAAUUUUUCAAGGGCUGGUAUCUUUUUUAUGGAAAUGUUCCAAAGUACUUUUUAAGGAAGUUUCAAAACCAUAAAUAAGCUUAGAAUUGACUGGGAGUUUGGUAUCAACCCAAAGCCAUCAGUUGCAGGCAUACUAUGAAUAUUUUUCUUACAUAUAGAGCUAUAAAAAAGAUACAGUAGACUAAAAUAGAGAGCAAAUAAACCAUAUAAAGAGUUCUAUAGUAUAUGCUGUUUAUAUACAUAUAUAUGAAUUUACACAGAGAGACAUGUUUAUAUAUAGUAUCUAAACAGACAUAUAGCACUUUCUUAAGAGGCUUGGACUUUUCUAUCACAUUAAGGUGUAACCAGGACUUUUUAAUAUCCAAGGAGAUCCAUUGAAAGAGUUCAUUAUAUUAUAUUUUGACAGAUGUUGAAAUUAUGAUUUUUAAAGUCUCUAUGACCUUAACUUUUCCUCAUACCAAACUAGAGUUGCCAAAAUGACUAGCUACCUGCCCUCGGCCUCUCUUUUUGUCUGGAAGCACUCAAUCUCAAGACAUCUCAUUUAGUCUAGUUUCUCCUGCACAAAGGGAUCACAGCAAGUGCAAUAUGAAUAGACAUGCAAUUCUAAACCAGAUAGGAUUACAGACUCCAGAAUAUAGGCAUGUGCUUCUAGAUCAGAAUCUGGAUUUGAAGUGGGGUAAAGAAAUCUUGACCUUCAAAUCUUCGGAUUCCUAUUUGGAUCACUGAUUUAAAAGAGAUUAAAAUCUUUAACAAAAAUGACUUAAUGUUCUUGGCCCAAAAUACAACCUGGUUCUUUUGUUUAGUAGUAGCUGUGAACUCCAAUUUUCUCAUUCUAUGAAGUCAAGUAACUACGUGGACAAAACCUCUAGUCCUUAAAUAUUUCAAAAAAAAAAAAAUGCCCUGCUGAACAAGCUUUUGGGAUGUAGAAAUAGUGAUGAGGCCACAAACAAAGAAUUAAAAAAUUCUCUUUUUACUCCUUGGUAUUUAGGUGAAUCAGAAACAAGCAACCAAGAGUCCCUCAUAUGUAAUUGCUCUAGAAACACUUACCUUUUUAUUGAGCACCGCAUUGGCUAUUUCCCCCUCAGCCAACAUGCAUUUGGUGUGAGAAUAAAUCAUUUGCCCUUAAACUUCCUUGAGUCAUGAAUUUCUAUAAGAAUCGGAUUAAAGCUCUGAGCCCUCUCCCCAGAAAAACAUGUACACACAUGCAUAGCUGCAAUAUAACUUUAAAGAGUUCGUGUCCCCUGGUUCCGUAUUGAUUGAUAGUGAGAAAGGGGAACAUGUUUGUUCAUAAUCAACACUGUUGUAAUAGGCACUUUACAUUUUGAGACCAUUUCUCUGUGAUUCUCAGGAAGGCCAAGUCUCAGCACCAGAGUUUGAACCAAGAUUUUGUUAUUUUCGUCCCUUAGAUUAGAUUUUGCUAGUUUGAUGGAUUUACAUCCUGACAUUUUGAUGAUUUUGAGUAUAGAGCACACUCUCAAGGCCAGGAGGCUCUCUGAGGUAGUCUGUAGAUGAAUCCAAGAAGGAGGUGAAACCAAGUUCUCUGACCACAGAGCAGGACAUCACAGCACCUCCAGGGCCUCAUUCUGGACCAGAUUGAAACCCGGGGAAAAAAAUUAUGAGCAUGAGUGUUUCUAUUCAUCAUGAUUUCUGGAGAGAAGAGAACAGGACCUGGGAAACAAAGUACUUAACAGUCCUGACCUUGUGACUACCUGGUUCUUUUGUUGUGCGUGAAAAUGAAGCUCUUCACAUCUUUUGUGAAGUGUGUGAACUGUCUAAGCCAAAUUUAAAUGACUUUAAACACAAACUGUGUAACUUUCAUGAGCCGUUUCUUUCCUGUGCACAUACAUGUGUGUUAUGUUUCAAUCCAUUUCUUUCCAUUUCUAAUUCUCUGCACACCGAUGUGGCAUCGAUUCUGUGGCCUUGUCCAGUCAGCUUGUGUUCAGCUCAUUUAUUGCACCAUGUCCCUGAUGGAGGGGACGUUAAUUACCUGUCUCUGUGAAUUAAGCAGCUCAUGAGCGGCAAGUUAUUGAGGAGCGUAAAUAAAGUCAUAGCGAGCUCAAGGAAGUAAUGGCUUUGGUUUAAUCAUCUGCAUCUGAGGUGCCAAUUUUUAUAUACUACUCUAUGUAAUGAUUUGUUCUAAAUUGCCUGGCCCUUUUGAAAAAGAGUGAAGGAUGUUUUAUGAAAAUGACCAUGGAAAUUUCCUGAUUAACCAACAUAGUUUAUAUUUAUAGUUAGACACUCCCUCCUUGACGAAUUUGAAUGAGCAGCUGGAAAGCUUGGGUAUAAUUGUCAUGGCUGGUUGGUGUAUUGUUCUAAGCCAAAAGGUGUAUUAGCAUCAGAAUGCAGCACUUUACAGAAGUGGAUUUUUUUUAAGUCUAAGCUUCCAGGUCUAGGAUAUUAUUUAGCACUUUGAAAUUUCCCCCUUUAAAAUAUACAUGUAAGAAUAAUCAAAUGGGAAAAAUGUACUUGUAAAAACACAAAAUGUGUUUCUUCUGAAUGUUUCAAAUGUUGUCUACAAGAUGGUUUCUAUAGAUAAUAUUAUGGUAGAUAACUGGAUAGUACAUCGAUUCCACUUUCUGAGGCUCUUCAGUCUAAUCUUCCUGAAUGUUUGGGCUGCUUAACUUCUUUAAUGAUAAUAAAUAUUAUCCAGUCAUCCAUCACGCUAUCUCUCUAGGCUGCACCAUUCAACGUGUUGGGCAACACUGUAUUAUCAAACACACAUAAACAUAUAUGUAACCGUAUUUAACCCAGCGUAGUUGUAGCAUGUGGUUGUGUUAAUGAACGUUACAGGACAGCUUUAUAAUCACUUACAAAUCUGUAACAUUCAAUAAAGAAGCACAUGUUGCAAGGAUUAAUUAUGUUCCCAAUUCCAUGUUAUUUAGCAUCCUCGUGAAAUGGGCACUUUUGUUCCUGAUCUGCUCGGAGUUUUCCACACUCCUGCAGAACACUGUAAAAUAUUUGUAUAAGCUGAUGUCCAUCCUCUAACCAGCCCUGCGAGCUGUGGUGGGCAAGUUGUGAAUUUGGGAAAGACGAACUGGCAUGUUAUGCAAAAGACUAUAUGACAAAUGAACUUAAAAUAAUAUUUUAAACUCCAUUUGAAUUAGCUGUUUGUUUACAUCUGCUGACCCCAUGUGGAAGCAGUGUACAGUAUUUUAUAAAUAUGUUCAUUUAGUAACACUAAUAUGUUUGUUUCUAGAUAAAGUGAUGUUAGUGUGUAGGUGGUUAUAUACUUGUUCUAGAUAUUGCAUUGUAACUCACUAUUCUUUAACAAUAGCAAUGUGACUUAAAUGAAGAAAUCUUUCUCCGAAUCCAGUCUUAAUUUCGUGGCAACAAAAUGCAUGCACUGCUUUAUGCGUUUCUUUUGACUUUUUAAAGGCACUCGACAUUGUCCUAUUGCCUGCUGUGACACUUAAACCAGUUAGGAACUCACUCACCUUGAUGGACUUCUUAUACUGUUUGGGAAUUAUGUUCAGUUUUUUUAAAAAUUAAAAACAAAAAAGUAACCAAGGUUUUUUUUUUACUUCUUUUUAAGCUCUGAACAAAUAACAUGAGAUAAAGUAUUAACCACAGGGCAUGUAGCUAUGGGACCCAGAGAUGGCUAGCCAACACCACUUGGGUUUACCAAGGUCUAGGUGUUGGUGCAUCUGUGAUAUAUGAAACACACGUUUCUGAUUCUUUAGGGCCAAUGGAUACAAAUUGCUAAACCAGAGACGAGAGUGAGAAGUCCAUUUGUGACAGUACAGAAAUGCACAGAUUAUUAUGAAUGAGUGGUCCAAUGAUAUGACAUGUGACCACCCUCCUACCUUGUGGCUUACGAGUGAGUCUGGCCUGGGGGAGGGCAAGAGAUGGGUGACUGUGUGUCUGAUUGAGCACUGGGUGACUCUGAAGGGUUUGCCCUUUAAAGAAAUCACCAUUUCAUUAUUAGAAGCCAUUCAACAUCUGAAAAGAGAGGAGCCAAUUUGCACAGUCUUUUAAAUGACUGCUCCUCAAAUGAGUGGAGAAAACGUUUCUCUCAGCCUGCAAUGGCCUAAGCUGUCUCUUCUUUUUACAAGUCAAACCUUCUUUGUCAGAUUGGAGUCAACCAAAGGAGUGGUGGUUCUGAUUUAAGGAAAACACGAUUUUUUUCUCUUCUUUUUUAAUUCAUUUGAGAAGGUAGUGGUGUUACCUCUUCUCUGAUGAAUUCCUUGCACUGCUCACUGCUAGUGAAAUCAAGACACAGCAACUUCUACACAGCAUCUGAGAGAGGAUUCAGUGGUCAAGUAAUCCAGAGGGCAAUAAGAGUGAGGUGAAUUUUCCCUCCCCUGACUUAGUCUACUGGCUCCCUUAACCCUUCAGGCCAUUGCCUAUUUGCACAAUGUUUGUGUGCUGGAAAGUGAAAAGGAUAUGUAUGACCAGAAGACCAUAGGCUUUCUGAAGAGCGUCAAUGCUAACCUUGACCCAGGCCAUCCUCUAGAACAGGCAGGCCACUGAGAGCCGUGGGACGCAGAGAGAAGUUCAGCCUCAUGCCUGGAUGUGCAUGUGGCCUUCUUCACCCCCUUGACUUUCUUCCUUUCUCUUACCCAGCACAAGAUGCUUUUUUGCCAGGCCAACAGACCCUGGCUCCCAAUACCUCAGUACCCCAUGGACCCUGGCCCAGUAAGCUGAAACAGUGGUUACUUGGAAAAAGCCCUAAUCUUCCCACUAACUUAGCCUCCUCCCCUUAACUCUACCCCAUGCUCCUGACUUGGCUGGUGUUUGCAUCAGAUUCAUCCAAUUCUUUGCCUGUCUGAAUCCCAAAAGAGUCCCCCACAUCAGACCCAGCCAUGUGCAUCCAGAUUGUGGGGUUGUAAACUCAAAUUUGUGGAGGGGCAGGAUCCAGAACACAAAAGUGUCAGUUGGACUGGUGAAAGACGACAGGAAGAGGCAAGGUUUGUAGGGCAUGAGAGAACGCACAUCCCGCUACUAAGACAUUCACAUUCAGAUUUGCAAACACUGUCCUAGCCAAACAGAUGUGUCUGCCAGCAGCAGUCAGUCCCAACAGCAACAGUUGGGGACCUGAUUUAGAGCCAAUCAGGAUCAUAUUCUUGAUUCCGACUUAGUGAUUGUAUACAAGAAAUACACUGAAAACUGAGGGAGGGGGAAAGGAACUCACCCUAUUCAGGGUUAUUGCUGUUCUCUCGAAUGAUAUAUGCACGUGUAUUUGCUAGCCGCAUCAUUCUGGACCCAAACGCAGGAUCUUUGUGAGGGUGAUUCACAAGAAGAGUACCAUAGCAUUGUAUCAAGGCUUAUCUGCUUUCUGUCACUACAGCGUCUGACUUGAGUUUAUAUUGCUGCUCCUGCUGUGCAAAACAGUGUGUGCAGUGUACUGUACUCAGCCAUUUCAUAAUAUAGAACUUAGACUCUCAUUUGUAAACAUUCUAACCAUAGUUUAUAAUGGGGGAAAUUAUUCAAAUAUCAUUUUUAAAUGAAUUCCUAUACAUAACAACAAUUUUGAAAUUGGGUUCGUUAAAUAUGUAUACAUCUUUUUCUUCUUUGUGUAUGGAUAGACACUGGUUUGCAUAUCUAUUGACAUUAUAAAUAUAUAUAAAUCCUUAGAGGAAUUGUUCUUUUUUAAAGGUCUAUUAUUGGAUUCAUGAUGCACUUCGAGCUUGUUUGUUUAGAUAUAUAAUUCGAAGCAGAAGCUGGCAGAUACCACGGGAAAAACUUUCUGAAAUUUCUGUAACAAAUGUUUUGCAAUAAAAAAAAAAAAAAAAACACCUCAGUAGUU